GUUACGUAAUCCCUGUUGGGAAGGAAACCUCGUGUAGCUCGCAAUAUGGCGCAAGAUUUAUCUUCAGACGACUGCGAAUUCCAGCACAGUUUUGAUUACAACACUACAUUUUAAUGCGUUGUUUGGGUCUUUUUGUCUUUAACGAAGACGGCGCCAGAUGCACUUUAACCUUCCGACUUGGGCUCAUUGUUUACAUGACUUGCAAAGUUUGUCAGUGUGUUAAGAGCAGAUAAUUGCAUUGUCCGCUCCGUCUUCGUUGAAAGUUAAGAAGAUGAAUUUAUUAAAUUGUGUUCGUCGAAAAGUACCCUGUAGGCAGCGAUUUAUGUUAAUCAGCUGCAAUACAACUGUGUAUAGUCUGUUAAAGUGGCACCAGAUUCGAGAGAAAAGUACUCCACAAAACUUCACCUGCUACGAGACGCUACGGCAGCUUUACAACCCUCAAAUUCCCGAGCAUUUCAACUUCGCAAAAGAUGUGUUGGAUGAGUGGGAGACCAAAGAGAAGAAUGGAGAGAAAUCAGGGCAGCCUGCACUCUGGUGGGUGAAUGACAGAAGAGAAGAGAUCAGAUGGAGUUUUGAAGAGCUGGGGUACCACUCCAGAAGACUGGCCAAUGUGCUAUCAGGAGAGUGCCAGCUUCAGAGAGGGGACAGGGUGCUCCUGAUACUACCCAGAAUUCCAGAGUGGUGGCUGGUCAACAUUGCUUGUCUGAGAACAGGCACGGUUCUCAUACCGGGUACCUCUCAGCUCACCGCCCGGGACAUCCUCCACCGUCUGCAGACCUCCAAGGCCAAGUGCGUGGUCGCAGAUGAGUCUCUGGCUCCCCUGUUGGACUCGGUAGCUCCGCAGUGCUCCUCUCUACAGUCCAAACUCCUGGUGUCCGACAGAAAGAGAGAGGGGUGGCUUAACUUUGGAGAACUCUUAAGGAGCGCAUCAGGAAACCAUGUUUGUGUGAACACAAAAAGCCAUGAGGCCAUGACUAUAUUCUUCACCAGCGGCACCACAGGUUCUCCUAAAAUGACCCAGCACAGUCACUGUAGCUAUGGGAUAGGCCUUACUGUCAAUGGCAGGUACUGGCUAGACCUGAAGAACAGAGAUGUGAUGUGGAACACCUCAGACACAGGCUGGGCCAAGUCAGCCUGGAGCAGCGUCUUCGCCCCCUGGACCCAGGGAGCGUGUGUGUUUGUCCACCACAUGCCACGCUUCGAGGCGGCCACCGUGCUGCAGACUCUUUCGAGUUAUCCCAUAACCACCUUCUGCACUGCUCCCACUGCUUAUCGCAUGCUGGUUCAGGAGGACUUGUCUAGAUACAGCUUUCCCAGCCUGCAGCAUUGCCUGUGUGCUGGAGAGCCCAUUAACCCAGAGGUGAUGGGGAAGUGGAGGGAGACCACAGGACUGGACAUUUAUGAGGGAUACGGGCAGACAGAGACUGUGUUAAUUGCUGGGACAUUUAAAGGGAUGAAGAUCAAGCCUGGAUCUUUUGGCAAACCAUCACCAGCAUAUGAUGUACAGGUGAUAGAUGAUGAAGGGAACAUCGUGCCUCAGGGAGAAGAGGGGAACUUGGCCAUCAGAGUGAAACCUCACAAGCCUUUCUCCCUGUUCACUGAGUACACGGAUGAUGCCCAGAGGACAGCAGAGUGCUUCAGAGGAGACUUCUACCUGACCGGAGACAGAGGGGUCCAGGACGACGACGGGUACCUGUGGUUCGUGGGGAGGGCAGAUGAUGUCAUUCUUUCUGCAGGGUACCGCAUAGGUCCAUUUGAGGUGGAGAACGCCCUGAUUGAGCACGAUGCUGUGGCCGAGUCUGCUGUCGUGUGCAGCCCAGACCCAGUCAGAGGAGAGGUGGUGAAGGCUUUUGUUGUGCUGUCUUCUGAGUAUGAAACCAGGGACCAUGACGAACUCAGAGCAGAGCUGCAGGCGCAUGUGAAGAGAGUCACGGCUCCUUAUAAAUACCCACGCAAGAUUGAGUUUGUGGACCAGCUUCCAAAGACGGUCAGUGGUAAAAUCAGAAGAGUGGAACUUAGAAACAAAGAGUGGGGAAGAGGAUGAUGCAUUUGAUUUCAUCUGUGCAACUGCUUUAAAUACAGUUUAUACAUUGUAAAUCAAAAAUACUUUGCAUACAUGUUUUAAAUGAAUUCCACAUGUGAUCGUUAAUAUCUCACAAUGUUUUUUAAAAAGAUUUUUUUUUUUUAUAAUGUACAGUAUGUAAUCCUUUAUAAUAAAACAUUGGAUUGAUAAUGGAUUGAUAAUGCUACUGCUACUGUUUACCACAAUACCGAUCCAGUAUACAGAGAAAGUGGGAACCAGACAACUCCCCUUGCCAGUCUCCAGGUGGAGAUAUGUCUCCAUUACUCACAUACAAAUGUUUAAAACGCUUACUGAGUCAAGUGAUUAUUAGACUAAAGGCCUGAAUAGUGGAUCAGAGGUUUUCUUUGACAUACUAUAACACUGACAGGAAGAUGUUUUUGUGCUUAAAUUCUGUUUAUUAUAAAGUCCUAGACUGAUAUACUUCUGAGUUUCACCCUACCUUGCUGAGUUACACGCAGCUGACUGUAAAGUUUUCACUGACUGAUUCACCUGUUCAGAUCUCACUCACAUCCUGCCUGCUGCAUGUACAGGCGCCCAGCUAAUGUUUACUGCUCACCGAGUAGCACGCUGCCUUUGAACUGCCUUCCUGGAGAUCAGCUGGCUCUGAAUCGUGUCACAUUUGGGCCUGAUUGGCUCCGGAGUGAGCUGCUCUCUUUAUGGUGUCUUUCCCAUUCGGCCGAACGAUGCCAUCGGCUGUCAGGCCUGAGCCGUGACGAAUAUGAUGUGGUGAAUGAAUCAUCUGACUGGCGUGGUGUGAAGGGGGCCAGGACGUUUAGCUGACGCAGGUCCCUCCCCUCCCUCUGCCCUCUACUGGCAUGGGCUUAGGGGCAGGGUGGAGGGCAUCUCAGAAAUAAUGGAGGUAACAAUAGGUAACUGAGUCGUAGUCAGUCAUUUCCACCACCACACAUCUUUUAAAGGUGUACAGUAAAUACGUAGUAGCCUGUCUGUUGUUAGUAUAUUAAGAGGCUGUUAGACUUGUGAUAAAAAGAUAUAACUGAUGUCAAUAUGAUGUUUGCAUGUAAUGUUCUCUUUUUUGCCAUUUCAGUUGGUAUUUAAAGAAAAUCUAAAACAUUUUUUAUUUUGACAACCAACACAUUUUCUUAAAUAUUGUAAAAUUCAAAUAUGUAAAUUGAAGCAUCCUCCUGGUGGCAACACUUUCCCCCUGUGAUUUUUGUAAUGUAGGCGGCUGUCAGAACGCCUCCUGCUGCUGCCACUGUGCUACUGUGGAUCACACUGUCGGGCUAAAAACAGCAGAAAUCUAACCGGGCCACUGUGUUAUGAUAUCCGUUUAGAUGGCCUGUGAAAGUAUUAUUUUAAUAUGGUCUUAUGACCUUUAAUUGAAUGUGACUAAUCGGAUAAGUGGGACCAGACGUCAAUGUGGAAAAAGAACAUGAACGUGGAGAAAAUUGUAAACAUCUUUUUCACAUUAGCCACAGAGGUAGUCUUAAUACUGUAAGUAUAGUUCAGAUAUACUCAUGGUGUGGGUUGCCCUCAAGUAGCUAUUUGUAUGGUGGGUGCAGGUUUGAGGUUUGUAACCUAUGGCAUUUCAUUUGAUUUUUGAUUUUUAUUUGUUUGUAUGUUGAGAUUUUAAGGUAUUUUUCAGUAUGCAUUUCAAAUAGAGUCCUUAUGCUGUGGACUGAUGCAAUUUCAAUUAUUCAAACUGUUUAACUGGUUUUAUUGAGCGAAACAUUAAUUUGGCCUUUCACCAUUAGCCCUAAUGGUGAUGGUGGUCGUGGUGACGAUGAUGAAACUGCGUGUCGGCGCUCUGAGAGUUCCGAAUUCCUGCAGUACUCCAGUAUUGCCACAAGGAAAUAUGCUUACGCCAAGUUGCAACCUGACGUGGAGAUAAGUACUUUGCCAUGUCAAAGAUGUUUUUUAUAAAUCUGUACUUUGACGUGGAUUUGAUUGUACGAACACUCUAAGAUCAAAUCUGUACGUAAGAACGUUUUAUAAAUGAGGCCCAAUGAAAUAUCAAAUAAAGUUUCUCCAAAGGACUGAGAAGAAUUCUUUAUUAUCUUUAAAGUACACUUCCCCUCUAUCUGAGGUCACUGUGAACACCUUUAUGUCUGUUAUGUUUCUGUUAUUCUUCUGGAAUAAAGUAAGCUGUAACAAUA